GCUGUAGCUUCUCUGUCUGUGAUUGCUGCCUUUGAAGACCUUCAAGUCUUCACUGAUGACUUAAUUUGCGCGCAGAGAGCAACAUGGCAUCCAUGUCUUCUUAUUCUGUGCACAUCUAAACCGAUAUAAAUGUGAGCAGUAGUAGAGACGCCACUUCUUCCACUUUCUCAUCCCCACGGUGCACUUUUCCACCUUUACCUCCCGACACCAGCUCACCUUCAGUUACUUUUCUUUCACCUGCUCUUUUCGGGCUUGGCACCGCCGCACCACCAGCGCGCACUUUGGCACAUUGGAUGCACUGCAACACCGGAACGGGGGAAAAAAGUUUGUCUGCUCUCUUUGAGUGGAAUAUUUUUUUUUUUUUUUUUUUUUUUUUUUUUUGGGAGUUCCCUAACCACCAGGAUGAGUGUCAAAUCUGACUCCGAGACCAACAACAACGUAGUUGAAGAGGAGGUGCGAACACUCUUUGUAAGUGGCCUGCCAACAGACAUCAAACCUCGUGAACUCUACCUCCUAUUUAGACCAUUUAAGGGAUAUGAAGGUUCUCUGAUCAAAUUAACAUCAAAGCAGCCUGUUGGAUUUGUAACAUUUGACAGUCGGUCUGGUGCUGAAGCGGCAAAAAACGCCUUAAACGGUGUUCGAUUUGACCCUGAGAACCCGCAGACCCUCCGUUUAGAGUUUGCUAAAGCCAACACGAAGAUGGCAAAGAGUAAGCUGAUGGGCACGCCGAACCCCACAAAUAUCCACCCAGCUCUAGGGGCACACUUCAUAGCACGGGACCCAUAUGACCUGACUGGGGCAGCACUGAUUCCAGCAUCUCCAGAGGCCUGGUCUCCAUACCCUCUGUAUACAGCAGAGCUGAGCCCAGGGCUGCCCCACACUGCCUUUACCUACCCUGCAGCAGCAGCUGCUGCUGCCCUCCAUGCCCAGAUGCGUUGGUAUCCAGCGACAGCAGAGUCCUCCCAACCCGGAUGGAAAUCAAGGCAGUUCUGUUAAAAAUGAGAUGAAAGGUGACUUGCUUCUAUUGGCGUGAAUCUGUUGCAGCCCAUACUUGAUUCAGCCUGGCUCUUUAGGUUGAACAUCUCCAUCUUUCUGCUGAACAGGAGGCUCAGAUGAUGCAACCAUACUAGCACUUGCCUUAGUUCUGUUAUAAAAUGUUUUGAAUAAGAUUAUAAUGGAAAUUAAGUUGUAAGUUUUUUUUUUUUUUUUUUUUUUUUUUUUUUUUUUUUUUUUGUCAUGAACUAGAUAAAUGGUUCUUGUGCCCCCUUGUCAUAUGUAUUGCUCCUUGGCUUGGUGUAAUCUAAGCGUUUGUUUGGUACCUUAGUCCUUUGUGUGAUAUUAAGUAGUGGCCAGCUCGGUUUAGAAGGGUUGGGUGUCUGCCCAGAGUUGUGAUUAUGCGUGAAGUAUUAUUUUAAUGUGCCAUCUUGUCUAGGCUUGCGAACGUUUCCAUAUGACAGCUUGACCUUGCCAAAUACAGACAAUCCAAGUGUAAAGUAGUCUAUAUGGGGAGAAAAGUGUGCAAUUAAGUAUUCUAAGUUAUUUUUUGUUUAUUUACUGAUUUAAUAUCCUGCAGAACAGUUGUAAAGCUGUGUUUUUCCUUUGUUAGAUUUGUCAUGCUGACAAGUCUAACACUUUGUGGGUGGCAGAUUUAACUUAACAUUAGAUUGCUGUAGAAGGAUGUAUGAUGGUGCAUGAAGAUAAAAUUAUGCAUGAAGGGGUUUUAAUGGAUUAUAGUACAUAUGGUCAAUACUGACCUUAAAUUUAUUUGUUAAGUCUGUAAAAUUGUAUGAUGCAGUAUUAAAACAUGUUGAUGCAUUACA